GGCAAGUCCUACACGAUGAUGGGCACGGAUGACAACAAAGGCCUCAUCCCGCGUCUCUGUGAUGAACUCUUCGAACGCAUCGCCCGCACGGACCACAACACGGGCUGCAAGGUCGAGGUCUCGUACAUGGAACUCUACAAUGAGAAGCUGAACGACCUGCUGGACCCCAGCAGGGACAACCGCCAGCAGCUCAAGAUCAGGGAGUUCAGCAAGGGCGGCAUCGUCGUCAACGGCCUCAGCGCCCUCGCCGUCACCAGCUACGCCGAGAUCGAGCGGCUGAUCAUGGAGGGCAACGCGGCGCGCACGGUCGCCGCUACCAACAUGAACGCCGAGAGCAGCCGCAGCCACGCCGUCUUCAACGUCGUCCUCACCCAGACCGUCCUCGACGUCGCUUCGGGGGUGUCUGGGGCCAAGGUGUCUAAGUUAUCAUUGGUUGACCUGGCGGGUUCUGAGCGAGCCAGCAAGACGGGGGCUGUGGGGGAGCGGCUGCGUGAAGGCUCCAACAUCAACAAGUCUCUGUCUACCUUGGGGCUGGUGAUCUCCAAGCUCGCUGAGCAGGACAGCUUCGUGCCCUACAGAGACUCUCAGCUCACCAUGCUGCUCAAGGAUAACCUUGGCGGCAAUAGCAAGACAGUGAUGGUGGCAACCAUCUCGCCCUCUUCCGACAACUACGAAGAGACGCUCUCGACUCUGCGCUACGCCAACCAGGCCAAGAGGAUCGUCAACAACGCCGUCGUCAACGAGGACCAGAACGCCAAGCUUAUUAGGGAGCUCAGGGAGGAGGUGGACAGUCUCAAGGGGCAGCUGCAGACGCUGCAGAAGCUGCACAAGGAUGGCUCGGCGUCCAUCCAGGAGGCGUCCCUCAACGCCAAGCUGCACGAGUCGGAGAAACUCAUCACGAACCUGUCGCAGACAUGGGAGGAUAAACUUAAGGCCACGGAGCGGGUGCAGCAGGAGCGACAGCAGGCGCUGGAGAAGAUGGGCAUCAGCGUGCAGACGUCGGGCAUCAGUGUGGAGAAGGACAAAUAUUACCUCGUGAACCUCAAUGCUGAUCCUUCACUUAACGAGAUGCUCGUCUACUAUCUCAAGGACCAGUCGAGCGUGGGCAGACCGGGCGUUGCGGGCAACGACAUCCAGCUGGGGGGCGUGGGCAUCUCUGCGCGUCACUGCGUCUUCACCAUCGAGGACAACGAGCUUUUCCUCGACCCCAUGCCCGACGCCAAGAACUGCGUCAACGGCGUCCAGAUCGUGGAGAAGACGAAGCUGCGCAACGGCGACAGGGUUGUGUGGGGCUUCAACUAUUACUUCAGAGUGAACUGCCCGCGCUCUACAGGGGUGAUGUCUGAGCCGCAGACACCGGCGCAGGCUAUCGACUACCACUUCGCGCGGGAGGAGCUCAUGCUGCACGAGCUCAGUAACGACCCCAUCCAGGCUGCCAUCCAGAGCCUCGAGCGCCAGCACGAGGAGGACAAACAGAUGGCGCUGGAGAAACAGCGUCAGGAAUACGAGCGUCAGUUCCAGCAGCUACGCAGCAUCAUGUCCCCCACCACCCCCUAUGCCCCCUACGCUCUGCCCCCUCACGCUCCCUACGCCCCCUCUGCGUACGACCUCGUCAGGAGCAACAAGAUGACCCCCAGCACCCCCACCUCCCAACACCGCAUCGACAGAUGGGCGCAUGAGCGAGAGAACAUAUUCCGGCACAGCCUAGCGCGUCUGCGUCAGGACAUCAUGACGGCUAACAACCUGGUGCAGCAAGCCAACUUCCUCGCCAACGAACUCAAGAAGAACACCAAAUUUGAGGUCACGCUGCAGAUCCCUCCUGAGAACCUCUCCCCCAACAGGAAGAAAAGCUCCUUCGUCAGCGAGCCUGCCAUCCGCGUCAAGCGGCGAGGCAAACCAAGCCAGGUUUGGUCUUUGGAGAAGCUGGAGCACAAGCUUAUCCUCAUGCGCGAGCUACACGAGGACGCCCAGAACUGUAACAACGCCCCCAACAUCAACAACAACAACAACAAUGACACCCGCUCCUUGAAGAACGACAACACAAAGCUAGGCAGCCCUGAGCCCGAACCUGACCCCUUCUACGACAGCCAGGAGACCCACAAUCUCGUGGGCGUGGCCAACAUCUUCCUCGAGUGUUUGUUCAGCGACGUGCGUCUCAGCUACCACGUGCCUAUCAUCUCCCAGCAGGCUGAGGUCGCAGGCAGGCUGCAGGUGGAAAUAAGUCGAGUGGCUGGACACUUCCCCGCCGAGCGCAUUGCUGACACUCAGUCUGACACUUCCUCCAACGACGCUGACGCUGACGAGUCCUGCAGCGCUGCUGACGUCGAUAAUGCUGUCACCAUCAGGGUGAGCAUCCGUCAGGCCAGCGGGCUGCCUCCGUCGCUGUCAAACUUCGUGUUCUGCCAGUACCAAAUGUUCGGUCAGCAGGAGCCACAAGUGGUGGCCCCCAUCGUGGACCAGGAGUACCCUGCCAUGCCCAGCAAACAGGGCGAGAGCCUCACGUUCAAGUUCGACCACACGAAGGACUACCGCAUCCCUGUGACCGAAGACUUCCUGGAGCUGUGCGUGGACGGCGCGCUGUCCUUCGAGGUGUGGGGCCACCGCUCCGCUGGCUUCGCGGUCACCCAGCCGGGCUGGGAGCUCGACCAUCAGCUGGCCAAGGCUCGAUCUCUGGCAGACAGGUGGAGCGAGCUGACGCGUAAGGUGGAGCUGUGGGUGGAGGUGCAGGAGCUGGGUGACGGGGGCAGCUACGAGAGCGUGGAGGUGGUGCCCCAGAAGGACGUGCUCACCGGGGGCGUGUAUCAGCUGCGGCAAGGCCAGCAGCGGCGCAUCGUCUGUAAAGUCAAACCCGUGCCCAACUCGGGCACCUUGCCCAUAAUAUGUCAGAGCAUCACGAGCAUAUCCAUCGGGUCAGUGAGCGUGCGUCUCAAGAUCCAGCGGCAGCUCGACUCCUACUCCGAGGAGGACCUCAAGGUGCUCAAGGAGAACUGGAACAAAGCCUUACUGCGGAGAAGAACAUAUCUUCAGCAACAGCUGCAAAAAGUAAUGAGCAAGUGUGGCGUGGAGCAGAGCAGCCUGGAGCAGGAGCGUGAGCAGUCAUUGGUGGAGCAGUGGGUGUCGCUCACAGAGGAGCAGAACGCUGUCCACCUCCCGCCCCCUGGCAGCAACAUCCCUGGAGCUCCUGCCGACUGGACGCCGCCCAUCGGCAAGGAAGCGCACAUUCCUGUCAUUUUCUUGAACCUGAACGGCGAGGACUUCUCCUCACAAAACAACGGCGAGUUCCCGGCGAUGGCCGGCACGAACGCCAUCAUCCCGAAGGAGAUAAGCAACAAGUUCUUCCCGCUGCCCAUCGUGGACCAGUACAGCGACGAGGUCUGCACCGUCGCCUCCUGGGACUCGUCCAUACACAACAACCCGCUGCUCAACCGCGUUACUGCUGCGGACGAGCGCGUGUAUCUUAUCGUGAAGUGCGUAGUGCGUCUGUCUCACCCGGUCACCAUGGACGUGCUGCUGCGUAAGAGGAUCUGCGUCAACAUCUACAAGAAGCAGAGCCUCACCACCAAGUUCAUGCGCUCCCUCAUUGGCUCUGGCAAUUCCUUCUUCGAAACUGCUGUUAUAUAUGAAAUUGUCUCAAAUAUUCCAAAGGCAAGCGAGGAGCUUGAGGAACGCGAGAGUCUGGCCCAGAUGGCGGCCAACGAGCACGACAGCAACACAGAUGACGGCGACACCUACAUCGAGAAGUACACGAAGGGCGUGACGUCCGUAGAAAGCAUCCUGUUGCUGGACAGGCUGCGGCAGAGCGUCGCCGUAAAGGAACUCCUGCAGUCGGCUGGUCGUCCUCUCAUGCGUAAAACUGCGAGCGUUCCUAACUUCUCGAACCUUUUCGGGAGCGUCGAAGGAGACCUGAACAUUAGCGGCGCCAUGCCUCGCUCAGGAAGCUUCAUGGACAUGAACGGAGCUGCCCUUCAGUCCAACAAUAACAGCAACAACAACGGAGCCAACACUCCAUGUGACAAACCCAAGCAUCGCUACUCCCUACCCAGUCCCAGCGAGCGUCCGUAUGGGCUCUCCCGGCCGACUUUCCUCAACUUGAGUUUGAACUUGAAUUCGCUACGUCACCAGGGAACCGGCAGUGCCAAGUCCUCGCCGAGUCCAGGCCCCGUCAAGAUGGCCCCCCGCAUGACGACCGUCCUGGAGGAGUGCCACCCCCGCCCCCUCAUGCAGCACCCUGAGGAGGACGAGGACGAUGGUGGCUCUGGGGACGUGGACUCGGAAGUUGUAUCUCGCGGCGCUGCAGCUGCGAGGUCCCUGCACAGGUCCCGCCUCAGCCACAGCCGCACGCUUGACUCCCUCCAAGACGUGUCCCUCACAGCGCCCUCUGCCAAGAGCGGCACACCUUCCACCCUCAGCAGUGGCUAUGGAAGCGGCGCUGUCUCGUCUAGCACGCUGAGCGACGACAGCUUGUCGGUGCGCAGCUCCCCCGACCUCGCGACCUCCCCCGCUGCCCUCAACUCUUCUACUGCCGCCAACUCUGACGGGCUCUCUAUUUAUAGUUCUGGAGAGAGCGACUCGAGCGACACGAAGACUGUGGUGCAGACAGACUCCACAUCUUUGCUGAACAUCGCAGAGCCUUCAUGCGACUUUAGCGCUGUCCAGUCGAGUCCUCGGCAUCUCGUAGCCGUGGUCACUGCAAGUCAUCCUCUGGCACCCGAAGCCACGGCAUCCAGCCAUCCUCUGGCAUCUGACGCCACGGCAGCUAGCCAUUCUCUGGCACCCAACGCCACGGCAGCUAGCCAUCCUCUAGUCGACGAAUCGAAAAAUAAAAGUGAUCCAGCACCAGUUGGUCUCGCCUCUAAUGAGGAUAUCAUUCCGUCCUCCAUGUUAUUAUCGGCAACAGCGCGAGUGGAUGAGCGUAGCUCAGACUCCAGCCAUGUUGAAGAGAUGGAGAACUCCUGCCAUGAUAUUUGUGAUGACAAUCACAACACUGACGUGCGAGGCAACGACUCACUCACAAGCUCAGGGUACUCGGAUGGCAGCGGCCUCAACGUGCCUGAGAAGGCCUGCUCAGCGCUGAGUCUGAUGCACGCCUCCGCGCCGCCUGGUCUCGAUGUUUUUAGUGGCAGUUUAGAGAGCCAUGGUCUAACGUCGAGUGAGACCAGCCUCAACGAUGGUAAUGUUAUUCCUACGUCUGAGUCUAUGGAUGAAACCGAGUUCUUGAGCUUGACUCGUAGUUCUACUUGCCUGAGUUCUGCUUCGUCUUCGUCGUCGCUGUCUAAUUACUCAACAUCGACCACGUCGCGAUCAUCAGGUCAGAGCAGCUCGUCGGCAGUCGUCCAUCGGAAAAAAUCCCUAUCCAAAAAUAAUGGCAAGAACUCGCUGCACCGAAUGUCAUUCCCUCUAGCUCAGCAGUCGAAGACUUCAUAUGAAAAUGGCGAGGACGGCAGAGACGCAUCAGGACUGCCGCACUGGUGCCGCGUAGGCGAGAGCGUACGCAUCAGGCCUUAUGACUACACCGGCGUCAUAGCGUUUCUGGGCAUGACGCACUUCAGUAAAGGAGCCGUCACUGCCGGCAUUAUUCUUGACUGUCCCAUGGGUAAGAAUGAUGGCAGCGUCGAGGGUGAGAGGUACUUCAAAUGUGCACCCAAAUUUGGGUUGUUUGUGCGACCUGACAAACUGCACAUCGACCGCAAGGGCCGCGCCAUGAGGUCCGCUCUCGACGGAGGAGGCCUCAAGUCCUCCACAGACUCGGUUACCUCACCCCCCGCGUCCCUUGGCGCACCUUCGUCCAUGCGGCGAUCCAAGUCCACAGCAGAGAAGCUCUCGGAUUCUUCCCUGAAACGUCUCUCCAUUAAAAACGACGCCGCCUCCCUGAUGCGGCGCUCAGCGAGCAGAAGCGAGGAGCUGAGCGCCGCCGCGCCAACGCGACACCAGCGCUCUCUGUCGCGUCGCAGGAAAUAAAGCCUGAAAACCGAACCGGAAAUUCCUGGGGGUUAAAGAACUGCGCCUCGAGAAAUGAUCAAAACUUCACCCUGGCAUUGGUGAGCAACCAAUAUCUAAUUUAUCUCCUGAACUGCAAGAUGUGUUUACAACUUUCGUGAAACGCGCUUUGAAAGUAUUUCUCGAAAUUUCAUCAUGGUACACAUACUUCCAAAGAUUUCGGGUAGAUACUAAGAAAGAUCACCUCACGGUGCGUGAUCUGCCUAGUGCGCAGCUUAGUUAACUUGCAUGCGAUUUAGUGGAGUGAUACGAGUCGUGCGCUCUAUCUUCCUAAAUCCACUAAAUUAAUAACUUCUGAAUUUGAUUACUAUUGCUUACCUUGGAUCACGGAUUACACAAUAAAAUUGAGGUUACGAGAACCACGGGAGAAAAUUCAUUGUUUGCGUCCCGUGUGGUCACGGUAAUGCUCAGCAGGUUCAUACGAUGAAAGUCGACGUUUGUGUAAGCGUCUUGCGUCUCUGCUAUGUACGAAGAACAUAAAUUUGAACGUUUGAACUAAAAAGAGAAUCCUUAAAGCUCGAUGUAUACCAUAAAUCACGCUUCUAAAUUGUCAACAAUGGCUGCUGACUCAUCCAGUUCGGUUGUUGUGCUUAUCGUGUGACUGAGGCCAGACAGAAAAUUACUUGCCGAGUC